AUGACUGUAAAAAGGGCGUUAUGCAUCAGAUCAAGUGAUAAAGUCACAAAAAUGAAAACUAUGAAUAUAGCUACGGAUAACAAUAAUAAUAAGCCUGGUACAUCAUUAUUACAGGUUGACCUUUUACCAGAACGGAAAGACGAACUCCAAAUCUCGGACUUCCUAAGCGAUAAUGAUCAUGAUUCUAAAAAGAUCCAAACUAUGAAUCAGAUUCUAGUAGCUCUAGUUCGUCUUCCUCUUCUACACCAAGUGAUAGUUCUAGCUCAAGCAGUAGCUGACACUGCACUUGCGGAAUUUCAAGCAGUAAAUACUCCAGCUGCAAGCAUUCAAGUACCAGACGUUCAAGUUGCAGACACUAUAGCAGCAAACUUACAGGGAUCAGGAUCUGAAGUAUCAAAUACUCAACUAGCAGACAUUCGACCAGCAAACACCCAUUUAGCGGACACUAAAAUUGCCAGUCCUAAAAAAGGAAGGAAAAAUCGAGUAGCAGUUAUAGAAAACUAG